CGACACAAGCAUUUCACCGGACGUCGCCCACAUAGCGUAAAUAGCUGAUGCACUCAGCAAAGGAGAAACCUUUCUCGAACAGUAAAAGUCACGCUGACCGUUUUCCGCCAAGCGCUUUGUCCGUGAAUCGCACAAAAUUCGAGUCAGUCGCCUGGCGAACAGCAAAACAUUCGUUACUGGCACUGUACUAGUGUCAAGAUGCAGGUGAAAGCUAGACACGCGGUCUUACUGCUGGCUGGGAUAGGCCUACUGGUAACAUCUACAUUCGCACAAGGUUUAGUCAUUGAUGACACCGACAGCGACAACGACAAUGCGCUCACCGACACGUCUGCAACGACCGUAAAUACCGUAACUACCGAAGUAACCGACGCCAGCACCGGCAAUACUAUUGAUGCUGUUGUUACGACCGCAACGAGCGAUCCAUCGACGGACAUCGGAACUAUCAUUACCACCGACAGUUCUACGUUCACUACCGACAGUUCCACGUUCACUACCGACAGUUCUACGUUCACUACCGACAGUUCCACGUUCACCACCGACAGUUCCACGUUCACCACCGACAGUACUACGGCUACAACAGCCCCGACUACAGACAGCGACGACGCAAGUUCUGCCACACAGGCAGUGGCUGACAACCAGGCGACCGGUGAUGACGGCGACGCUGACAGCGACACCGACAGCGACACCGACAGCGACAGCGACACCAGCAGUGCUAGCGUUGACGGCGACAGCCCUACUGGCAGCGACGAUAAAGCAUCCGCUGUCGACCUACUCGGCACGAAUGACAUAGACACAACGAAAGUGUCGGGGAACAGAGGUCAGGGGGCAACUGCGCUGCAGAUACCCAGGCUGGGAUCACCGGCUAUCGCCAGAGUAGCUGUACCUCUAGGAGCGGCGAUCAUCGGUGGCGGAAUAGGCUACGCGGCUGCGAACAGAGGAAAGAAACAUGGUGGCAAUAGGCCGAGGUAUGGAUAUCGAGGCGACCCUCUGCGUCGCGUGCUUCGCGAGAACAGGGGCCUCGAACAACUUCUACAACCCGAAAAGACACCGGGACAGACUAACACGCACGUUGGAGUGAAAUACGGCAAAGGCGGCUUCUUAGGCGUUGGCCUGGGUAAGGUAGGCUUCGUAGACGUUACCCUGCACAAGAAGAGGCAACAGUACGUCCCGCCUCACGGCGAAACCUACCGGAUGCCGCGUCACGAGCGAGGUUAUCAGAGGUACGGUGGGCACCGGGAGCAACUCGGGUACGGCAGGCAGCACGAGCAAGGCGGGUACGGCAGGCAGCACGAGCAAGGCGGGUACGGCAGGCAGCACGAACAAGGCGGGUACGGCAGGCUCACACACACACACACCCUUCAACAGGUUCUUCAAUAG